CUCGUUCUUACAUUUAUUUAAAUAGAUAUUCUGACACACGGGCUCUCAAACGUUUUGCAGCCAGGGACCGCUUUAACUAUCAAAUUAAUUACACAGAACUGCUUAGUAGCCUACAGAUUUACUUUAUGAACAUAUCCCAACUAUUUAAAUAUUAAAGUAUAAUAAUAUUCAGUUUUUUUUUUUUGUUUCUUUGUUUUGUUUUUGUUGGUGGUUUUUUUUUUGUUGGUUUUGUUGGGAAGCAAGAGCAAGUGUAAGAGAAAACCGCAUAUGGGUAUGAACCAUUUCCUCUGAUACUGUCAUGUUUCUACAAGUGCAUCAUCAGAACGCCGAAGUGCGCAGGUAAUUUUAUUUUGAGAGAAACUCUCCUGCAGAUCAACUUUCUCUAGGCUACUUAAACUAUGAGACAUCGCCUAAACAUGAACAAAGCAACGAUUAUUCAUACUUUAGUCUUGUUCUUACAUCUCCAGCAGUCGCGUUGUGAUGUUCAAUCUAUCAGUUUAUAUUCCCUUGGCUCUGAAGGCCUCACCCUUCCCCGUUACACACAGAGUGUCACUGUGAAUGAUGUGACCCUAUAUUCCUUUGACAGCAACAUGAAGUCGACAGGGCCAUGUCCCGAAUGGCUCAACACUACAGUUGGUCAGCAACUCUGGAAAGAGGCCAGUUUUUUAUUUCACCGCAACAUGGCAAGUAUGGAUUUAGCACUCCAAACAGCUAUGUCACAGUUCAACCUCACAGGUUCACAUGCGGACAUUAACGUAUACCAAGGCUACAGUCGCUGUGACCUCUAUCCAGAUGGCACCACCAAGUCAUCGUUAACCCAUGCCUUCAAUGGGAAGGACUUCUUAAGUUUAGAUAUGGACAGUAAGACGUUCAUCGCUUCUGUUCCUCAAGCCCUCAUAUAUAAAAGUAUUAGGGAGAAGGAUAUAAUCUGGCUUGAAACCGUGGUGUCUUUCUACAAAAAGACCUGUUUUGACCACCUUAGGAUGUUUUUAGAGCAUGCUCCUGGUGUCAGAAAUAAGAAAGCUCCAGAGGUCAGGCUUUUUAAGAGGCAGAGCGCUGGUUUCACGCUCCUCACGUGUCAUGUGACUGGGUUUUACCCCAGAGCAGUGCAGGUGAAGUGGAUUGGGGCAGAUUUACAGCUGGUGCAGGACGAGAUGAAUCAUGUGCUGCCUAAUGGUGAUGGCACGUUUCAGACCAGAAGCAGUGUGAUCAGACCUGAGGAGAACACAGGAGAUCAGCGCUACAGCUGUGUAGUGCAUCACAGCAGCCUAGAGGGAAAUAUUACAGUCACCUGGGAUAAAGAAGAGAAACCCUUCAGACUUUAUGUUUGGAUUACACUAGGCUGCAUUUUCAUCGUCACUAUAAUCGGGCUUGUAAUCAGAUGCAUCUUAAAAAGUAAAGAUGCUGGGAGUUGAAGUUACCUCUCAUGUGAAGAUGUAUUCAGUUUCUCAGUUUCAGUCAUUCAGAACAUCCUUGUUUGACAUCAUUACAGUUUAAACGUCCUUCUUCUACCUCCGAUACCUCAGGCUCAGUCAGAGCACAGUGUUAUCAGACCUAGAUGUUCUCGCAGAAUCAGUUGAUUAUAUAGUUUUGAUUCGUCACCUUUUUGACCUCAGAAUACCCCACAGAACCGAGUACACAGUUAUACGCAAUGUUGCACGCCACAUUUAAAAAAUGAUCAAAGCUGCUAAUGCUAAACAUGUAACUCACACUAACAUCAGGCCUGGAGUUUGUGUUGCAGAUGAUGCACAAUGUAAGUAGAACUACAAAAAUCAAUACUCCUUUUUAUUUCUUAUCAUCAGUCAUACCCAUUUCAAUAAAGAGCUUUUGAUUAUAAACAACAUCUGUGGUAAUAUAUGUCAUAUUUAAUCAGUGAUUCAAACUCUUUAGCUACAUCCUCGUUCUGUCGUUCUCUUCAUAUGGAUGAUAUUUUAGGGCCAUUAAGAAUGUAUUGCGUUAACGUAUUUGUAUUUUCCACUUGUUCUCAAUGUGUUUCUAUUCUACACGUCUUCAAUAAACUAAAUAAAGCCUUA